GAUGGGAACUGACUCACCACUUCCCGGACAACAUGUAAGCUGAUCGAGCUGCUUCAUCGAAGGAAAAAAAAAAACCUAAAUCCGGAUUUUACUCAUCUGACUCCAACAGAACCGGGUUGUACCGAGGAGGAUCCGUUUAAUCCGUCAUCAGGUAGGACCGAAGACCCGGUGCCGAGCGGAGAGCCGGAGCACGGACACGUCAGAGCGGGUUCGAAGUUUCAGCAAAGUUUCCAGGUUUACGGAGAGUCCGUGCGGUGCUUCCCCCGCCGGCUGCUGCUCUCAGAGCCGAGCCGAUCGCGACGGUCGGGUUUUAAUUCCACUGCCCUGUUGGAAAAUUCAGCUUGACCCGGUAUUUUUCCCCUACGCGUCUGUUUCCGGUUCAUCUGUCCCUCUCCGGCCUGUGUCUCUGAUUCUGUCUUUAAAACCUGGACGUGUGAACAUGUCACCGUUUCCAUGGCGCAGUCACCACGUGAUUGACGGUGUGACAGGUCUCUGGACUCCUGAGGAUACUCUCGUCUCCUGUGUGAAUCCAUGGCGCGAGUUUGAGAUCUGAGAAGGUGCAGAGGAACCAGAUCAAAGAUGUCCUUCAAAGGCAGAGUGUCCUCUUCUGUCCUCAUGUCUCCGGGGAGGGACACUAUGGUGCUGCAGGUCAACCCGGCCGAUGUCCCCGCCCUGGAGAUCAAACUGGGAGCGCUGGCGGUCCUGCUGUCCAUCACUCUGCUGUUUGGAUUCGCCCCUCUCUGCAUCGUUCGGGGGACAGGGCGCUGCAGCGUGGACCCAGAUUUGCGGCGCAGGCUGCUGAGUCUGAUCAGCUGUUUCUCUGGGGGAGUUUUCUUCGCCACCUGCCUGUUGGACCUGCUGCCAGACUACCUGCAGGGCAUCGGCGAGGCCUUCAGCAACGCAGGCAUCACACUCCAGUUCCCUCUGCCUGAGUUCAUUGUGGCUAUGGGCUUCUUCUUAGUCCUGGUCCUGGAGCAGGUUGUCCUGGCCUUCAAGGACCAAUCGUCCUUAUUCUCUGAGGAGCGUCGGUCUCUGCUGGUGGACUCCAGUGUCCAGGCAAAUGACAGGAAUGGGUUUCAUCACUCCCAUCACCGCCAUCAUGGAUCAGAGGAGGCUGAAGGCGGGCACUUCCACGUGGACUUCAGCUCUCAGUCCGCCCUGCGUGCCUUCAUCCUGGUCUUCUCUCUGUCUCUGCACUCUGUGUUUGAGGGUUUGGCGGUGGGAUUGCAGGAGGAGGGGAAGGAGGUGCUGGAGAUCUGCCUGGCGCUGAUGAUACACAAGAGCAUCAUCUCCUUCAGCCUGGCCUUCAAGCUGUGUCAGACCCGGCUGCGGCGGUCCGUGGUGGCCGGCUGCCUGCUGCUGUUCGCUGUCAUGUCCCCGCUGGGCAUCGGCCUGGGUAUCGGCCUCACUGAGACCAAGGCGCACCCUCAGCACCAGCUGGCCCGCUGUACGCUGGAGGGGCUUGCAGCAGGAACCUUCAUCUACAUCACCUUCAUGGAGAUCCUGCCGCACGAGCUCAGCUCCCCCAGGCACCGCAUCCCCAAGGUGGCCAUGCUGCUGGUGGGCUUCGCCGUGGUCACUGGCGUGCUCUUCAUCAAACUGUAACCAUGGUGACACAGAGAUCUGGCAAGGAAGUCUGCCGAGUUCACGCGCUGGACAACGAGCUGGUGUCAGAUUGUUUUUGAACAAGGUAACAAACCUGUGGCUGCUCACUGACACAGACCUGAGAACAGGCUGGGAUAACCAACCCGUCCCGUCAGGUCGGGUUCGUUAUCCCAGCGAAUAAUUUAAAGGUUUUAUAAAUAUACACUGAGCAAAGCAGGCAACUGCCCAAAAGCCCCAGAUUUCCUCCACAUCAUUUGGAUCAUUAUCAUUUAAUUAACCACGUAUUAGAAGUAGAUUAUCAGCUGGAACGGGUCCUCCGGCCUCCAGCCUCCGGCCUCCAGCCCCAGUCUUAUAGGAGGACUUAGUUUUAAGACCUGAACUGGUUCAGUUUAUAUCGUGGCCCUUUGAUGCAAAGUGUUUAAUCAAAUCCUUCUUUUUUUCAUGAGUAAUUAACACAGAAAACUUCGAGCAAAGUCGUACUAUUCCGUUCUGAUACACCUGACCGUUAUGUUCUCUAACAGCUGAUUGAUCAUUGAAUAAAACGGCAGGAAAAGGCAUCGUUGUUCCUUGAAGCCCGAGUUAACACAAGUCAACGCCCAGAAAUGUUCUGCUUAAUAUCAGAAAACUGAGAAACUAACAAAUAUUCACAGUGAGUUUUUGGAAUUUUUGCUUAAAAAAAAACACUUAACGAUUCAUCAGUUAUCAAAAUUGUUGCCGAUUAUUUUUUUUUUGUCAGCGAGCUAAUUGAUUAAUCAACCAGUCGUCUCAGCUGGUGGCCUCUGAUUCAGCAGCUGCAGCCAGAGUCCGAACAUCAAAGGGAACUUUUCCGAUCAGCCCUGAAACUUUUUCACUUGGUUCCAAAUAGUUUGGGUUUUGCCAACAAAUGGAUAAAUACACUACUCCAGGAAAACGUGAACAUGUGGGACGGACAGCAGAGAAGUGGGUCAUGCAGAAAUGGUUAAAGAUGCUUCAAUGAUUUUGUUUUGACACUUUCUAAAGCCGGACGUUUGGACAGUUCAGAGUCCAGGUUUCCACCAGGAGACAUCAGACUUUACACAGGUUUGAGGUUUGAUUCCUCUUUAAACAAACCAACAGGAUCUGAUGUUUUGAGCAACUCUGAGCAGAAAGUUGCCUUCAGAUGGUCGACAGUGCAAUAAUUACUUUCAUUGUUUUCAUUGAAGUCAAAAAUAUCCAUUAUAGCUUCAGAGAGCACAGAGAGACGUCCUCAAAUGUCUCAUUUUGUCCAACCAGCAAUGUGAAACCCACAGAGAUUCACAAGAGCAGCAAAUGUGUAUGUUUGAGAAGCUGGAAGCAGACGAUGUUUUUCAUGUUUGAUCAAUCACUGAAAUGAUUUGGAUCGUGUGUAACUGUUAACCUUUGUCAAACAUCAGUUAUGUUGUCUUUGUAGACAGGAGGAAAAUGUAGAAACAGUCAGAGAUCCCCUCCAGUACGACGUCUGACCACAGACACUGGUCAACAGACAUGUCACAUGAUCAGAUUCGUGUUUUUACGAAUCGAAAACGACAAAAAUCUGCAACUGGAAACGACAAUGUCCAGUUUGUAGCUGUGAAUUUGAGGAUUUUCUUUUUCUUCAGAGGCAGAAACAGAAAACACUGCUCUGAGCUUGUUGCUCCGUCACUGACAAUUUACAGCAGGACACUGAAAUGUCAACACUAAUGGGUGGAAAGCUUUUAUCAGCUGUUUAAGACGGCUUUGAUUUAUGUUUGCUUGCUUUAAAUGGAUUGAAUGAGCGAAAGAAGAGAUGAAAACGCUCAGUGAAUCAGAGAAUGAGGCCUUGAUGCUCUGACAGUGAAAGGUUUCAGGAAAUGUAUUUUUGUAAUAUUAUCACCAAAGUCAUUUAAGGACCACAAUAUUUUAAUCAUUGUGUUGAAUGUAUGAAAUGUGUGUUAUAUUUUGUAUCGUGAUGAGAAACUGAAUCAAGCGUAAAAUAGUUUUUCAGAUCAUACAGUGACUGAGAUUCUGAGCUUUUUGUAAAAUCUGCAUCUUAUUUUGAGAGUGAACGUUUAAUGUUAAUGUUGGAAACAGUGUUUUAACCCUCCCACGCCCCCCUCACAAAAACAACCAAUCAGUAAACCAAAUGUAAUAAAUGAUUUAUAACACAAUAACACAGUUCUAAGGAGAUCAUGUGUUUUUAAUGUACAGUAUUGAAUUUCUUCUAUGAAAACAUAUUUAAUAUUAUUACAGUUGUCUUUUAUUAUCUUAUCAUUCAUUCUCUGUUCAUACACCAGCCUCCUCAGCCACG